AUGAUUUUCUCUUUCUAGAAGUUUAUCUCUCCUCCACUUCUGAUCUUCCCACCAAAAGAAAGGCCACCCGCCAGCAAAAGGCGAAAGAUGGUUUUUAUUUUUAUUUUUUAUUUUUACUUUUUCAAAAUUUAUUUUUUUCAACUUUGUUUCGUUCAUUUUGGGAAGGGUUUAUUUUGGUUGCAACAAAAACAAACGCGCAUUCUCGUCCUCAAAGAGCCAGUCAAAUACAAUUACGAAAAAAUCACCACUCUUUCUAAGGCAACCAAUUUCACACAGCCCCUUCUGGGGUCUUCUCAUCUCAAGUUCUCAUGCUACCUUGAUGAGAAGGGUAGGAAGAGACACAAGAAAAAGGUUUUGAACAAAGAACUCAAUAACUGAGACUAAUUCUUGGAGGAGACCUAUCAUGCAUAACAGCCUUGUGAAGUUUUGAGGCCUCAAGAUUUUCACUACAUUACAGUUACAUCAGAUUCUUGGGUUGUGCGUUUGCUAUGUCAUCUUCAUAAUGGAAGUAGAGAACGUUGGUAUCCCAGUGAUCUUACAAGACCUAGACCUCAAUGGUGACAAGGCAAGAAGGAACUCUAUCCCAGUAAUCCCACAGGAACUGGAGCCCAAUGAUGGUGAUGUCAGAAGGAACUCUAUCUCAGUGAUCCCUCAGGAAACAAAUUCCAAUGUCGGUGAUAUCAGAAGGAAUUCUAUCCCAGAGAUCCCACAGGAAAUGGAGCCCAAGGGUGGAAAUGUCAGAGGGGACUCUAACCUAGUGAUUCCACAGGAAAUAGAAGCCAAUGGUGGUGGUGAUAGCAGAAGGAGCUCCAUCGGGAAAGUAGAUCCUCUUCCUGAUAUAAAAAGGAACUCUAUCCCAGUGAUCCCACAGGAAAUGGAAUCCAAUGGUGAUGAUAGGAACUCUAUUGCAGGGAUCCCACAGGAAAUAAAACCCAGUGGCAGUGAUAUCAAACGGAACCAUAUCCCAGCGAUCCCACAUGAAAUGGAGACCAAGGGUGGUGAUGUCAGAAUGAACUCUAUCGAGAGUGUAGACCCUCCUGAUGUUAUCAUCAGGAAUUCUAUCUCCAUGAUCCCACAGGGAAUGGAAUUUAAUGGUAGUGAUGCUAGCAGGAGCUCUGUUGCAGUGAUCCCACAGGAAAUUGAACCCAAUGGCAGUGGUAUCAGAAGGAACUCUAUCCCAGUGAUCUCGCAGGAAACGGAGCCCAAAGGUGGUGAUAUCAGAAGGAACUACCUCUUAGUGAUCCCACUGGAAACGGAGCCCAAUGGUGAUAAUAUAAGAAAAAAUCGUCCGAACAUUGGUGUAAAGAUUCAAUCCCGUUAUCUCAGAGCUCGAACAGGUUCCUGCCAUGAUUAUUGCAAAUAUGGAGUGAGAAAUCCUUCUCAAGAAAAUGCACCCACUGCAAUGCCAAAAUCGGAUACAGCAACUGGAAGUGCAGGCCAGAAUCUCAAAGCAACUAAUUCAGCAGACACAGAGAGGAAAAAGAUGCCCAGAACCAGUCCAAAGCCUUCACUAGAUUCCGACACUCAGAAACUUGACUAUUCAGUUGUCACAGAGAAAAAGGUGAUAUCCACAACUGCUCGUAAAUCUUAUCCAGAUUCUGGAACCCGGAAACUUAAUAAUUCUGUUGUCACAGAGAAAAAAGUUUUAUCUCCCAGGGAAAUAGAUGUUUGUACAGAAGAUUUGGUUGAUUUGAAGGUAAAGGCCGAUCAGUUAGAGCCAUCUUCUCUCCCAGGAUCUGUCCUAAGCCUGAACAAUUUGGAGGGGAUAGCGACCAUCAAUCCUAAGUCAUCUCCAGAUUCGGAGAUCCAGACAUCUGUUGUCGCAGAGAAAAGAGUUUCAUCUUCCUUUAAUGAUAUAGAAGCUUCUUCAGAAGAUUCCUUAGAUUUGAAGUUGAAGGCUGAGCAAUUAGAACCAUCUUCUCUCCCAGGAUCAGUACUAAGCCUGAGUAAUUCGAAGGGGAUAUCCACAAUCAGUCCUAAGCCUUCUCCAGAUACAGAAACCCUGAAACUUGAUCAUUCUGUUGUCACGGAAAAAAGAGUUUUACUAUUGAAAAAGAAAGAAAAAGUUUCUUUGAAAAAAGUUUCAACCAACGUUAAGGAAAUUGAUGCUUGUACGGAAGGUUCCCUUUCAAGGGUGAAGCCUGAGCAACUAGGGCCUUCUUCUCUCCCAGGAAAGGGUUCACAUAAUCAAGGAAAGAAUGGAAGCAGAAAAGUCAAGGAAAUACUAGAAGGUUCAAGCAGCAGAGGAAAUAGAAAAAUCAGCAGCAGAACCCUGAGGACUUCUGUAUUGGUUGAGAAAAAGAUGUUGGGGCCUGAAACUGUUUCUUUGACUUCCAUGCACCCGCUCAAGAGAGUCUCCAAUGUGAAUACUGGAAGCUGUGAGAAAGUCAAAGGGUCGUCUCAUCUGAAAGAUCAAAACAAUCCCAGAGAAAUUGAGCCUGAGGGAUCCUGCAAUAAGGACAUGCCAGAAGAGAUUCUGUACGUUAUUGAAUCAAAUACUGAGAAUAAUACUGUGGAACUAACACCAAAUGGCAUUAAUGCUCCUAAGUUAUUAUCACCCUCACCCUUGAAAGUCAAAAGCUUGAAGCAAGCAAGGAAGGGAAUUGGUAGCACUCGAUCACCUCCAUCCUCUGAGAAGACAAAACUGAAACGUACUGCAAAUGGAGGUUAUGGCCGUUCACCUGCUCCUCUAUGCCCCGAUAACAAAGGGUUGAGACGUAGUACUCUAGCAUCUUUAUCUUCUUCGUCACCCGCAUCAUCAUCCAUGUCCAUCUUCCCAUCUCAGUCCACUCAUAAAAAAGAAAGUGGUGCCACCUUUCAACACAAUACAAUGAAUACUGAUAAUCAAAUAGUAAAUUUAAAGGCGGAGCACAAGACUAGGCCUCGAAGGUCUGGAGUGCUUAGCUCUGACAGUAAAAACAGCCUAGCCCGAAAGCUAAAAUUCAGGAGAGGAAGGGUGGUUGACCUCAAGCCUGAGAACAAUACUCCGAGGAGACUCAAAUUCAGGAAAGUAAGAUUGGCGAGGGACACCCAAAACAGAAGAAGUGGUAUCAAAGGGGAAAUCAAUGGGAGGAAGGAAGUUGAUGACAAUCAGUCAAAUGGCACUGCUAUCAGAAGGGGAACCAUUGGUAGGGAGGAAGUUGAUGAUAGUCAGUCCAAUGGUGCUGGUAUCAAAAGGGGAAGCAUUGGGCGGAAGGACGUUGACGACAGUGAGUCAAAUGAUGCUGGUACUGAAAAGGGAAGCACUGGGAGGAAGGAGGUUGAUGACAGUCAGUCAAAUGGUGCUAAAAUCAAACGUGAGAAAGUUGUUAUGAAAAACCAAGAACGAGAUUUGGAAGGUUCCCGAAGGAAGAGCUUCAGGAGAAAAUAUGGUCGUGCUGGCAUGUUGAAUGGUACUGACACUAGUCCUGAGAAAGUUGUGUUGAGACACCAAGAUGUGAAAGGAAGGAAGGAUGUCCAGAAAUUGUUCAAUAAUGUGAUUAAAGAGACUGCCAGUAGGCUUGUCGAAUCCAGGAAGAGUAAAGUCAAGGCCUUGGUUGGUGCUUUUGAGACUGUGAUCUCGCUUCAGGAUGCCAGACCCUCGACAGUGGAAGAUGCAUGCUGAUUUACAAAAUACAUAUAGCUAUUCUGUACAUAUUUGAAAAUAUUUAUAGAAAAAGAGUGAAAAGAAAAACAACACUAGUUUUGGAGGUCACAUGGGAUUGAAGUCACAGGAAUUUGUGAUGAAGAGAAACUGAAUCAAGGUGAGAAGGCUCUCUGAGAAUAUGAAACAUUUUUCUUGUGUUUAUUGCUACCUAUCGGUUUGCUGAAAGAGCUGUGUAUUAUCGUUUUAUAAUUUUCUAUUGUCAUAAUGAGAUUAAUUUUGCUAUUACCAUGGCAAUUUGAAUUGAUGAGGCACCAUUAUAUAAGUACAUUGAUGUCUUGAGAUCAAAUUAA